AUGGCAAAAUUGCAGAUGGCUUCUUCAAUUCAGAGCUCGAACGGUGAAAGUACAGACCAGAAGAAUGCCCAAAAUAGCGGCAAUCUGAUAGAUCUUGAGAAGAUCAAGCAGGAGUUGAAGGGAUUCAAACCAGAUCCGACUUAUGUGCGAAAAAGGACGACUCCUCUUGGUAAGCUAUUCGAUAAGGUGAGCGAUUUCAUUGGCACGCAGGAGGGCCACAAUACGAUUGACGACAUGUACGCAAAGUUAAUUGUUGACAAAUAUACUGAUGACAAGCUUACGAGAAGGAAGCUAGUCAUUCACCAGCUUUUAGAAUUCUUGCUACAGAUCCAUAACCUUGUCCCACGUAGCAACCAGACAGAUAUGAUAGCCAUUCCGUUAUACGAUAUGAAGAUUGUCAGCAAGUUGGUAAACAUCAUUGUGAUAGAGGGCGUCUAUACUUGUCUACCAUCCGGAGUUGGUUUUCCUUUAGUGAAGCGCAGACUAAAGAAUUUCAAGGUUCCAUUGAAAGUGGUCAAGGUUCCCUUUCCCGAGGGUAAACCAAUCCUAGAAGACAUUGUUGAUACAUUCACUGAGAUUUAUAGAACGGAUAGUGACCUCAAAAACUUACUGCUUGUCGGCACAGGAUAUACAGAUGCGUUGACAUGUUGCAUACUUUUGGCUAAGGACCAACCAAAAUAUCAAUCAACUUUCAGAUAUUUGGAGUCCAUCUCAUCAACCUAUCAGUUGCUUUCGCUCUAUGGUGCUCUUGUAUCCCAACCAUCACAACCAUGGUUUAAAAAAUUCGUUAUGAAUCGUUUGGCAGACCUUGUCGUUGAGAGGGCGCACAAUGGAGUCCAGUCUUUGAUUGAGGUGGUAAUGGGGCUAAGAGAAAACGAGACUAUUGAUGUUGCCAAGAUUGAUGAAGUGCUCAAAUUACUGCUUAGCACAAGACCAUCAAGGCUGACCAAAAUUGAGUACCUACAAAAUAUUGGAAGCCAACUAUACAACACUCUGGUUCACGUGAAUUGGCCAGUUAUGGUUUCCAUUGUCACUCAACUUCUUGAACAACUUUAUCUCAAGAAUCCUCUCAUCGUGCAAGAUUUCGUUUUUAGACGGAUAUGGGUCAUCUUUAACCCAGAUUUGAGGGAAAUUUCAAAUGACGAUGAGAAUAUCAUGCUCACAAGCGAGGUGGAACUCAACAACGCUUUCAAUGUGGUACUCUCCAUUACGAGAACCUCCGGCAAUGAGGACUUUGUGAAAACAAUGUUUGAGCCCAUAACUGUACCCUUCUGGUCAUACCUGCUCUACCAACGCAGGAAUUCCAAAGAUUACAGUUUGAUUGAAAAAGUUCUCGUAUCUGUCUUGGCAAGGCCAGACGAGAACUACACAAUUCUUAACACUCUUCUGAGUAAUCUACUGGCGAUUGUUGGGAGCUCAUGGGAAUUUGGCUCGGGAGAAAAUGGCUUAGCAUAUAUCAAGGAGAAACUCACAACUCAAUCUAAUGUUGAUGUACUCGACAGUUUGGACUUCGCAACAACAACUUUUGGGGAGCUGAUAAAGGAAGUGAGCGCCAUCGAUGAACAGCAGGUGCAGUAUGUUUUCCUGAGAUGCCUAAAAGCCUGGUUGAACUCCGAUGAAAGGUUCUUAACAGAAGAUGAUGAGAAUCCAUUUUCUGGGCUUAUAAACCUCAAAGUGAUUGAAUAUUUGAGCGAUCAUUUUAAAGACAGCUUGAUUAAAUCGGUCGAUAGCACUUUGGAGCUAUUGUACUCAGUCAUAAAAGAUGAAACAAAAGUUCACAAUGAAACUUUGAAUGUUGUCAAUGAAAAGGAAGAUUCGGAUGACGAAGAUAGCAAUAAUAACGGAAACCUCAAAAUUGUUUUUGAGAUACUAUCUACAAUCAUCACCGACGGUAGGCUCUCGUCAAAAUCUCUGAAAACAAUAUCAAACAUACAGUCAGCACUACAAAAUCUCAAUCCAAAUCUAGCUCAAGAGUUGGACGCCAUUGUAUCUGGAAGAGAUACAAAGGAGGUGGAAAUUGUCACGAAAGAGGAACAUGACAUAGUAAUCCGACAAAAAGCAUUGAAUAAUCUUGCAGACAAUUCGCCGCCUAUUAGAGUUCAUGGGCUUCAGCUACUUAAAAAACUGGUCGAGUCUCAAACGCCUACAGUAUCUUUGGAGUUUGCUAUCAAUCAACACAUGUUGCAGCUCAAAGAUCCCGAACCAUUCGUUUAUUUAAACGCCAUUCGAGGACUAGAGGAGCUACUCAGGUUUGACCGAAAUUUGAUCAAUAACUAUCUCAAUAUUUACUCGAAUCCCAAAAAAGCUAUAGAUGAAAGACUCAAACUUGGCGAGGUGAUCCUCCGAUACAUCAAUUUUUCUGGAGCUGCUUUAAAGAAUGCAGGUCCGAUAAUUGCAACGACGUUGGCCAUCGUCAGGAAAGAUUCGAACAAUGAGGUGACGAUGAAAAUGUCUGCAAUGUCAUUGCUUGGAUCCUUGUGCAAACACUAUCCUCUUUCUAUUUUGAACCAUAUGGAAGACAUCAUGGACUGCGUGUUUGGCGUUUUACAACUAGAGACCAACGCAGAUUAUGCUGUUUUAAGAAGAUCUGCUGUAGUUCUAGUUAGUGAUAUCCUCUCAACCAACGAUGGACUACAACUCUUGGGAAAGUUUGGAGAAAAACUUGAUACAACACUUAAAUUCAUAGCGGAAACAGAUAAUGACUACCUAGCCAGGGAACAAGCGCUCUCUGUGCUCUCACUCAUUGACGACAAAUUUGCACAAACAUUCCGCGAAACUGUCAAGAUCCAUUAA